GGAUUUCAUCAGAGAAUGGCGGCGCCGUCGUCCCUCGCCUCCUCCCAGCUCUCCCGCCUCGCCGACCUCCGCCGCGCCGCCGCUGCCCCGGCUCCGGCCCCGCAGCACCACCAGCUCCGCCUCGGAUGCUCCCGCCGCCGCGCGCAGCGCCUCGUCGCCAUGGCUGGAUCCGGCAAGUUCUUCGUCGGAGGCAACUGGAAGUGCAAUGGAACAAAGGAAUCCAUUAGCAAGCUUGUAUCUGAUUUGAAUGCCGCCACAAUUGAAAACGAUGUAGAUGUUGUGGUAGCACCGCCAUUCAUUUAUAUCGAUCAGGUCAAGAGUUCACUGACUGAUCGCAUUGAGGUGUCUGCUCAGAAUACAUGGAUUGGGAAAGGAGGUGCUUUCACUGGAGAGAUCAGCGCAGAGCAAUUGGUGGACAUUGGCUGCCAAUGGGUUAUUCUUGGUCACUCGGAGCGUAGACACGUUAUCGGUGAAGAUGAUCAGUUCAUUGGGAAGAAGGCUGCAUAUGCCUUGGGCCAAAAUCUUAAGGUUAUGGCAUGUAUAGGAGAACUGUUGGAAGAGAGGGAAGCAGGGAAAACUUUUGAAGUCUGUUUUAAGCAGUUGAAGGCUUUUGCAGAUAACAUUACAAACUGGACAAACGUGGUAAUUGCCUAUGAGCCUGUGUGGGCUAUUGGAACCGGAAAAGUUGCUUCUCCUGAGCAAGCUCAGGAAGUUCAUGCUGCUGUCCGAGAUUGGUUGAAAACCAAUGUAUCACCUGAUGUUGCUUCUGCCGUUAGAAUAAUCUACGGAGGUUCUGUAAACGCAGCGAAUUCUGCAGAGCUAGCAAAGAAGGAAGACAUUGAUGGCUUCCUUGUUGGCGGCGCUUCUUUGAAGGGUCCGGACUUUGCCACCAUUUGCAACUCGGUGACAUCCAAGAAAGUUACAGCCUGAUGGAGAGAGAUACUUGUGGAAGAAAUAAGCAAUCUGAUACCGAGAGGCAGCUUGGCUACUGCGUCACUCAGAAAGCCUGAGAUAGGUGCUCCGUGUGAACUGUGAUCGUGUUGAGUAGUGGUCUUGUUCUGCUGCUGAUUCGUAGCACGGAAAGAGAAUAAUGGGACGGACGACAUGGCACCAUUUUCCUUCUCAUGGAACUUUUGUUAAGAGACUGGAGUUUACUUGCUGUGUGUGACGGAGUGAGCUGCCACACUCACACCUGGACUAAUGUAUCCGAUAUAUGUGGAUUUCCGUGGUCUCAAGGCCCAGUGGCACUGUGUGAGCUGUACCAGGGCACUUAAAUUGCGAUCAGCGCCUUAAUAGCUAUGAUUUUCUUGAACAAA